AACUAUUUCGCAAAUCAAAAAUAUGGCAACAAUGUCAUGUAAAUAAAUAAAAGCAACAACGUCAACUUUCAAUCUAAAACAAAACCGAAAUACUGACGCAUUUGUUUUGGAGCAAGAAUCAAUUUUCAGUACUCUUGGAAAUACGAAACUAUCUGUGAGGAAAUCGGAGAAGAUUAAGCUAAAAUUAGACCGUUUGCAUUGUGUAAAUAUAUGUGUAUAUUUCAAUUUGUGUAUAUAAAUAAGAAAUAAGUAAAAACAUGAAAACGAAAAUGAAAAUGAAAGUAGAUUGAUUGUGUGGCUGUGUGUGUUCUUAAAGAUUCGUUUCGAUCAUUUUACGACGGAAGUCGAAAUUGCUGAAGAAGAGAUGUCCUAUUUUUCGUACAGUGGAGGCGAUUUGGUGAACUUAAAUGUGGGUGGUCAAAGAUUUUCCACUUCUCGUCAAACGCUGACUUGGAUUCCUGAUACAUUUUUUACUGCUCUUUUGAAUGGUCGCAUAUCAAGCUUACGAGAUGAGAGUGGUGCUAUAUUUAUUGAUAGAGACCCUGCUCUUUUUUCUAUAAUACUUAAUUAUUUACGUACCAAGGAUAUUGAUAUCAAAACUUGUGAAAUACGCGCUUUGCGGCAUGAGUCAGAAUACUAUGGUAUAACACCAUUGGUUAAACGUUUGGCAUUAUGUGAGGACUUGAAUCAUUCAUCAUGUGGAGAUGUGUUAUUCUAUGGUUAUUUAGUGGCACCAUUGAUUCCAUCAAAUGACAAUUUAUCGAUAACUUCAACACCUAUUGGAAAUGAGGGUGAUAUGCAGGGCAAUGUUCAACCGCCUGCAGCAAAUAAUACACCAGUGACAACAGGGAAACCACUUAAUUCUGCCCACAAUUCUAAUUCAAGCACACAGGGUAAUGCGCCAUUGGAAUCGUGUCUUCCAAGUACUUCUACUGGCAUUUCGUCUGGUAUGACAAAUGCACGACCGGGUUCAAUGGUGCGUGUACCUGAACCAUCUACAACAACUAGUAGACAUUCCUCUACGCAUUCACGUAAUUCCUCAUGGGACUUAAGAGCCGGACGGUCUGGUACUAAUGGUGUUGAUGUCCGUCCUUGGACAACUGGAUCCAGCCAUUCGCGUACAGCGUCAGUAGAUUUUAUGCGUCAUUCGCGAAAUUCAUCAGCUGAUUUGAAUAAGAUAAUUAAAAACGAUGUAGGAUUAGUUUUUAGCCCAACUUUAACUAGUAAUUGGGUAGAUCCACUACGUGUGCAAAUUAUUAAAGCACAUCAAAAUUGGAUAGCAGUGGCAUACGCUCAUUUUGUGACUUGUCAUCGCGUAAAAGACUCAAGUGGUUGGCAAUUGGUAUUCACUUCACCGCACAUUGAUUCAACAAUUGAAAGAAUUGCUAUUAAUUCCAAAGUUCUUACCUCUACAGCUGAACCAAUACCACACAAAAUGGUUGCAAUUUCAUAUGGGAACGAAAUACGCUUAUGGAGCAUUCACGAAGGUGGAGUCAAAACGGACAUUGGAAUUUUCAAUUUAAAUGUGCGGGUUGAAUAUUUAUUCUUUAUUGGCAGCCAGUUAGUGGCGCUCUCUUCAUCUGGUAAAAUAGGAGUCUGGCAUGCAAUGACGCAACAUUGGCAAACUCAAGAUCUGGUACCAGUUCUAUCAUUUGAUUCAGCUGGGUCGUUCCUAUUGCUUGGUUGCAACAAUGGCUCAAUAUACUAUAUUGAUAUGCAAAAAUUCCCCUUACGCAUGAAGGAUAAUGAUUUGCUUGUGACCGAAUUAUACAAAGAUCCCAACUUGGAUCCCAUAACUGCAAUAUCAGUUUAUUUAACACCGAAAACAUCAAGCAUAUCUGGUAAUUGGAUUGAAAUCGCAUACGGCACUAAAUCUGGUGCCGUACGCAUAAUCGUGCAGCAUCCAGAAACUGCUGGACAUGGUCCGCAUUUAUUUGAAACUUUUACUGUUCAUCAGAGUCCUGUUACCAAGGUUACCCUCUCUGAAAAAUAUCUCAUAUCUGUAUGCAGCGAAUAUCAUCAUGUACGUACAUGGAGUCUUACACGUUUUCGUGGCAUGCUCUCUACUCAGCCUGGAUCUAUGCCUGAAGCAUCUUUUAAAAUUGUUUCACUGGAAGCUACUGAUACUCAAUAUAGUUAUGCAGCAGGCAAUGAUUUCGGUCCUUACGGCGAUUAUUGUGAGCAAAUUUUUGUGCAAAAAGUUGUUCCUGAAACAGAUCAACUCUAUGUACGCUUGGCAUCAAAUGGUGUGCGUGUUUGUAUCAUAAAAUCUGUAGAUGGUUCUACGAUAACAUCAUUUGAGGUAUUAUCACGUAUGGGUUCACGUUUUAUGAUAACUGGACACUGUAAUGGUGCUAUUCAAAUAUGGGAUUUAACUACAGCAUUUGCGUUAUUUUAUAAGGAUGAACCCCAGCAGAAAAUUUCAGGCGGACCCGACACAAAUGAGCUUCUCCGCCUACUUGACCAAUGUGAAAUCAGUAAUAGCCUCAGUUCGACGCCUUGUAUGUCACCGUGUCUUUCAGCUGUUGGGAGCUUGGCAAAUGCCACAAUAGCUCGUAUGAAAGCGAGUAAUAUAGCAUUGUUGAAUCAAUUAAAUAAUCAACAGCAACAACAACCUUUAAAUCCAUUACAGCAGCAACUGCAACAACAGUGCGGUGGAAAUAAUAGCGAAUGAAAUGCGGAGGCGGCGUAAGUUGGGGCGUUGCUGUCGGGCGUAUUUCAAAAAUAUUUAUUUGAUUUAGUAACAAUUGAGCUUUCUAAUAUAUAAUCUUUAGCAAAUAUGAGUACAUGUUCCUUAUGUGCAUAUGGUAUAGGCAUUUUAUUUACUAUUUAAGUCUCUGAAUGGCGAAUUUUAAAUUAAUUUUAUUAAGGUUAUUGUAAAUUUUGUCUCGAUGUUCAUUUACACUAGUGAAUCCACUUAAUUGUGUUAUAUUAUGUU